UGUCAGUGGCCGCUCAGCGCUACGUGAGGUGCGCGACCGCUUCCACACACUCGCGACAUGGCCAAGAGUGUGAAACAAAGUGGAAUCCCUCAGCUGCGCACGUCGAAGCCCUCGGGCAUCCCGACGCCGGCGCCCUCCAGACCAGCGACGGGCGACGACAGGCAGCGACCCUCGCUCCUGAAGAACUUGUUCGCCCUGAAGGCCGGCCCCAGGGACCCGGAGCCCGCCGGCUCCAAGGGCCAGGCCCCCGCGGCCGCCGACUGCUGCGACUUCUCGCUCGGACUGAGCGACAAGAGCGCCGAGGUGUCGCCGGCGUGCGACGGGCUGGCGCGACCGAGGCCGCAGGAUUCCAGCUGCGGCCAGCGAACGACCGACCCGCCCCGGCUGGAGGUGGGCGAGAAGGUGGUGGUGUGCGGCCACCAGGUGGGCACUCUGCGCUAUGUGGGGCCCUUCCACCGCGCGCAGGGGCCCUACUGCGGCGUGGAGCUGGACGAGGCCCAGGGCCUCAACGACGGCUCCGUGGACGGCCGCAGGUACUUCCUGUGCCGCAAGAGGUACGGCAUCCUCGCACCGAUGGAGAAGGUGGUUCCUCUAGCGCCCCCGGGAGCCGGCAGGCUGCGGCGGGACACCUUCUGCAUCCCCAAGGACAGCGCGCGGUGCCUGCUGGCAGGAGGGGCGGACUGCGAGGAGACCCGGCACGUGCCCCGCCAGAGCCCGCCCGCCUCGCCCGGCUGCGGCGCCGACUGGGGCUGUCCCUCGGCCGAGCAGCCCGGGUGCCGCCCUGCCCUGCACGAGCUCAGCAAGCACGACUCCUUCGACCAGGACGAGUCCCUGGGUAUACUCAGCCCCGACCAGAUGAAGACAGACCUCACGAUGUACGGGGACGUCUCCGCGCUGGCCUUCAGGCACUGUCUGCAGUCUGACGACCUGCAGUGGGCCAGGUUUGCAGACCUCACCUGUGAGGCGUCACUUCUGGACAACCAGGAGUGCCCCAUCUACCUGAACGACACGCUGGACGGAGACGCCAAGAGGCCGCCGUCCAGCCUGCCGCUGCGGCUCGCAGACGGCGUCCAGACGCCCUCCGACGCCUUCACGCCCGCCAGCGCGCACGACGCCUCUGACCACACGCUGUCGCCCGAGGACCUGCCCCUGGACGAGGCGUGCGACGUGCAGGGCGACCUCCGGGUGCUCGACGUGGUGGAGGAGCACCAGUUCGCAGGCCCGUCGUCCGCCGAGCCGUCCUCCCGCUCCUCGGCGCCGCCGGCCAGCAGCUUCGUGACAAGCGUGACAAGCAUCGCGAGCAUCACGAGCAUCACGAGCCUGGACACGGGCUACCAGGGGGACGGCGAGUGCAGCCGGCCGGGCAGCCGCGGCGCCGACCACUGUUCGCCCACGGCGGGGCCGCGCGCCUCGCUGGCCGCGGCGCUGCGCAUCAAGGGCGUGGCGCCGCACGACGCGCUCACCGACUCCGACUUCUUCACCGAGAGCGACGCCGACCCUCACGACGAGCAGGCCGCAGGCCGGGGCGACCGCAAGGCGCAGGUGAUAGACGGCACGCUCUACGGCAGCGGCGACGCGCACCCCCCGGCGAGCCAGGCGGGCGGCACGGCGCCUCCGCCGCACCGCCGCCCCAGCCUCACGGCCUCCGCCAACGAGGAGAUGGAGUCGAGCGGCGUGUACUCGGACCUGGAGCGCCGGCCGGACGAGCAGCCCGACGCCCCGCUCAAGACGGUGCCGGAGACCCUGCCCUCCGUCCAGGUGGACUGCUCGCCCGACGCCAGCACCAAGACCUCCUCGCGCUCCGACCUCAGCCAGCUCAAGGCCGGCUUCCCGGCCCCCGCGGCGGAGUCCCCCGCCCCCGAGUCCCCGGACCGGGAGCCCCUCGGCCCGGAGGCUGCCCCCAAGGCCGCGCCGGCGACCCCCGCGGCCACCGUCAAGAAGUACAAGAUGCCCAAGAGGAACGUGGUGUCGAAGGUGAAGUCGCUGAUCGACUCCUCGCUGGGGGCCGGCGACGAGCGGGAGAGCCAGCGGCCCGCGAGGACCAAGUCGCCCAAGAAGGGCGGCCGCUGGGACGCCGUCAUGAGCAAGAUAGCUCAGGGGCAGGCGGAGAACAGGUGGACGCCCACCAAGCUCAAGGACGUGAAGAGCAAGGUGCUGAUGAACAUACUGCCGCCGCCCGCUCCGCCCGUCGACGGAGGGGCGAGGAAGGGCAGGCUGCCGCUGCCCAAGAGCAGGCUGGGCCAGGACAGCGCCGUCAAGUCUAAAAGUCGACGCAACAGGACUCUCGCCUCGUCCUCCCAGGCCAGCACCCUUCACGGGUCCGUCAACAGCUCUGCACACAGCUCUGCGAGCGACCUGAGCGCGGGCCACGGGCAGCGGACCCUGUGCAAGCCCUUCAACAAGUCCACCACCUCGCUCGCGCCGGGUCGUGACGUCACCGGGAGGGCAGUGUCGCCGACCAUGGGCGCGCACGGCUCCAAGCACCGCCCCCAGGGGCUCGCGGCGCCGCCUCACAAGAUGCGGCUGGGCAGCUUCAAGCGAGGCACCUCGAAGAAGCGCGAUGCCAGCCCGCUCAGCGACGGCUCAACCAACUCCGCGGCAUCGCGGCCUCCGGCUAAUCAGCGCCCGCCGCCGCCCGCCGUCCGCCAAUCACCGCGCUUCGCCCGAGACAGUGGCGCUGCCUGCGCGCAGAAGAGGCAACCACGCGACGCUCGCUCUGUUGCCGCCGCUGGCUCUAAGAGGAUGCAGCUGUUGGGGCGGCCUGCCUCGCAGACAGAAGAGAAGAACGGCCUGAGCGCGACAGUGGCUGACAUGAAGACUCCCCUGAGGAAGCCUGCGUCGCGGCGCGCGCCGUCCGCCGUCCACAAGCCGCCUACUCCGCUCAGGGAGCACAACCGCCGACAGCAGCCGGCGGCGGGGCCCGGCAAGCCCCCGGAGGCGGCGCCCGCCCCCAGGCCGGCCCCCGAGGAGCGUCUGCUGCCCCAGCUGAGGCACAACUCCGCGGGCUUCGAGGCGCUCGGCGUGCUCGUGCACUACCUCGUGUUCGACCUGGAGGCGUUUGCCACGCCGCAGCUGCGACGAGACCUGGAGCAGCUCAACGGAGAGUGGCUUCGCACCAGGCUCGAACUAGAGGAGGCGCAGGCCAGCUACCGGCGCCUGGGCGAGGAGAUGUGCCAGCAGGUGGCGGCCCAGCGCCGCGAGAUGGAGCUCGCGGCCGCCGGCUACCAGCAGCAGCUGUCGGACUCGCGGGCCGCCCACGCCUGCGAGCUGGAGCGAGUUCAUGAAAUGCACACGGCUCGGGUGGCAGAACUGGAGAAACAACACCAAGAAGUGGUGGCGGCGGCAGAGGAGCAGCGCCGGGAGCUGCUGGCGCAGCUGGAGCGCGCGCGCCAGGAGGGCGAAGCGCUGGCUCAGGACGCGGCACGGCGAGGCGAGGACCAGCGCCGCGCCGUGCAGCAGGCGGCCGCGCGCGAGGCGGAGCUGCAGCAGCGCCUGGCCGACGUGGGCAAGGAGAACCGCGAGGAGUGGCGCCGCGUCAUGGACAACCUGCGCAAGGACAAGGACUCCAAGCUGCAGGUGGCGGCGGGGCGCUGCAAGCAGCUGCAGGACGAGGUGCAGUCGCUGCAGACGGUGCUGGAGCUGCGCGGCCAGGAGGUGCAGGAGCUGCGGCGCCAGGUCGCGGAGCUGACGUGGGCCGCGGAGGAGGUGCAGGGCUGCCGCCUGCGCGCCCAGGGGCUGCAGGCGCGCGUCGAGGACCUGCAGGCCCAGCUGCGCGACAAGACGACCUUCGAGAGGCAGCUGUCCAAGGAGAACAAGCAGUUGCUGGAGUCGUUCCACGAGGAGAGCAAGCAGAAGAAGAGGCUGUCGCAGCACAACGAGGAGCUGCAGUACAAGCUCAAGCAGAACAAGGAGUACAUGUUGGCAGCACUGUCCACCAGCCUGCGCAGCUGCCACAACUCCACGCCCUCGUCCUCGGACACUUGCUACCCCGCCACGCCGGACACCGCGGCGCUGCUGCAGCACCUCUCGGAGCCGCCCUCCUUCCUGCCGCUGCCCCUCGGUGGGGACGGGGAGCCCUCGCCCCCGCAGUCGCCCCAGGUGAAGAGCGUGGUGCAGAAGGGCGACUCGGUGUCCUGGACGCUGGCCAUGGAGGAGGCCCCCGAGAUCUACACCAGGCUUAUUCGGCGCGCGGGCAGCUUCCGAGGUACCACGGGGCACACCUCCCCGGGCUGCGUGCCGUCCCCGGUACGCUCCCGCACGCUGCCGCCGCCCAAGAGGCAGCGCUGCAAGGCCACCUCGCCCCGGCCGGGCCCCGCGCCCGAGGACUGCGACUGGCCCCGCAGGAACCUCCUGGAGAAGUUCGCCAGCAGCGUCUCCCCGGAGGAGCCCGCCAAGCGGUCCUCGCCCUCGGAGAGCUCCAACGAGGCGGACUCCCCGGCCAAGAGCUCCUCGUCCAGCAGCUCGGGCGGGCGCCGCAGGAAGGGGAGUCAGCCCGAGGCGCUGCCCCUGCCCCUGCCCCCGCUCCCGGGCAGCGGCAGCAGCGGCGACCUGACGCUGCUGGCCUGCUCCGCGCCACCCCGCACGCCCAAGGAGUCGGGCGGCGAGGCCAUGAUCUCGGAGGAGACCUCGGAGGACGAGCACCAGCGGGACGAGCCAGACUCGUCGGGGCACAGCUCGGACGACAGCAGCUCGUCCGGCCCGGGCCGGUUCCAGUCCCGCUACCAGCGCCUGCUGCAGUGGCGAGACCUGCCCUCCGAGUAGCACCUGCAGGUUGGCUGCCGACAGUUUACAUUUUAUUAUGAUUGUUUUAUACUUACCUGGUUUGGCAAAUUUUGGAAGUAUGUGGAGUCACUUUGUAAAAAAUUUAGCUUUAUUAAAUUUUGUAAUAUAUCACGUGAAAUGUCAUUAUGUAAAAAAAUUAUUUUAAGUUUGUAGUGUAAUUGUUAUAACACGCAAAAAUAAAACUUACCCAAAUUGUGAUGUCGAUUGGUUGUACGAUUGUUUGAGAAAAAAAUAUAGUUGUAAAAAUAUUUUAUGAUAUUCAUAAGAAAAUAGUAUGUGAAUUGUACCAGUGUAGUCAGCUGAUUUUUCCAUAUGCAUGCAGCAAAAUAUUUUUCUUCCUGUAAUACGGAUGCUUUUGAAUGAUUGCUAAGUGCUUUCUUUCAGUCAGUCGACAAGAUGAUUAAACUACUUGUCCUGAUAUGUUCUAAUUGGAAACAGGUGUAAGACAGGUUUGUUUUGGUUGUAUUUGGUGCAGAUGUUUGCCAGUAUGACUGUAGAAAGUAGAUUACAAAAUGUUCAUUCUAGCAGGGAUGUGCUAUACAUAAAUUUGGAGAAGUUACUGCUGCAGUUGGUUGGUUGUGAAGUAUUAAAAAGUGUUACUAAGUAAACUCAACGUGAUUUAUGUGAACAUUACGUAUGUUUGUAAUUAAUUUAUGAUUCAGUUUUUAAAAGCAGUGUCCGAAGUUUGUUAAUGAUUCACAGUUUUUUACUUUGUAAUUAUUUGAAUACUUGAGUUGAAAUAUUUUAUGCAUUGUUAUAUUGAAGCAACUUAAUAAAGUAUUAUAAGAUGCACUUUAUUAAAGUCAUCAUUAUUGCCAAUUUAAACAAAAAUUUGUUAUUCGGAACUGAUGGAGCACUUUUUGCUCGGAUGUUUUGGAAUGGUUUUGGGCUUUUGUUGACAUUGAGUUUUAAAUUGUGCCUUUUCGCUGCCUGUGUUUUUAGUUAUUUAAGGAUUUUUUUAAAGAAGAGAUGUGAAAUGCAUCAGAUAACUUUUAUAAAGUUAACGGUCAGGUGUUAUUUCUUGUAACCUAGCAGUGUAUUACAGCUUGUUUUAAAUAUUGCGAUACGCAUGACUUUCUUUGGUAGUCCAGUUAAAACUACAUUGGCUUUCCAUGAUCCAGCAAAAUUGCUAAUCUCUCACGGCAGUGGUUUCAAACGUUCCGGAUCAGAGAGACAUCUAUUACUGGAGUGUGAUUUUGAUACAUUACCAAUGACAUACCGUACCUUAGUUUACUUAAACACUUAGGGGCAGACCAUCAGGUCUGGGUUUCAAUUGAACACAUGUGUAUAGAAAUAAUGUGUGUGUUUGUCACAGUUAAAAUAAUUAAAGAUUUCUGAUGUGUACCUAACAUGUUGUCAGCUGGAUUGCUCUUUUUUUGUAUUUAAAUCGAAUCGGAUUAAUUUUUUUUAGCCAUAUAGAUUGUUACAAGGCAAACACUAAUGGCAAGAAACGCUUGUCUAUUAUAUUAAUAUAGAGCUCGUGUGUACUUGCCAAAUAUACCUCCAUUUGCCUGUGCCCAAAACACACAUUUGUCUGUAACUUGGUCCAUAACUGGGUUACGACUUGGUUAAUGUUAAUACAUGGCGUGGUCGACAAUUCACAGUCCGGCUGCAUCCUCGCAGCACCAGGGGUACCAACUCAACACCCUUAAAUAUUUAGUCUAUUUAUACUGUCAUAUGAUAUUGUAUUAUUAUUAAAUAUCUAUAUACACCACAUAACUGAUUUUAUAAAGAAAUAUUAUCUGAAAAACUAGUCCAUUUCACGCAGUGGGAAGUCUUUAAGUGUACAUACAUGCUUAACUUAUUUCCACUUUAAAGUAUGUGUUUCUGAAUUAAUUUAAUUACAGUUCUCUAAUCAAAAAAAAAUUAUUUAUGCUCUGGGAAAAAAAUAAUUAAAAUGUUGUUAGUGAAAGGUUUACUGAAGUGAUCCAACAAGUUGCAUUGGAUUGCUCCUCAUGUUGCAGAUCAGAGCUGCUUCAGUAGCCAUCUGCAAGUACUGACUGAACACUGCCGUACUUAUAGCUCGCUAUCUCUCUUGUAUCUAUUACUGUUGACAUGCUUAAGACAUCUUGUGUAAUGGCCAAGUAAUACAGCGUCAAAUAGUAUAAAUGGCUUGGAAGUUCUGCUGUGCGGACCUUGAAAGCCAGUAAAUACAAAAUGCUUAUGUUGACAGAAUUUCUAUUUAUAUACGCACAGAAUUUCAGGACCAAAAUUUUUAACAAGUGUCUCAAAAAUGUUACCCGAUUAUUAAAUUGUCUAUAUAUGUACAAUAGCUAUUAUAAGUUUAUUCUACUAUUUUUUUUAAAUUCAAACUCUUCGAGUUGCAGGUACAGACCUGGAAGAAUGUAGCUUUAUCCUGUGACCCAUUAGUGAAGGGUUUAAUUGUGGCUGUAUUUUAUUUCAAAGCAAAUUUGUCAAGCAUAGCUGAUGUAACGCUUCGCGGGCGAACACACCAUCGACCCAGUCAUAAGUUACGGACACACUGGCCUAUCUCACACGGGUUAGCUCACCGCGGGGGGUGGUUAUCGUGUAGCGAAUGCUGCAGUAGACCACCUGCUUGCGACACCUAGAUUAGUCAUCGCUUCGUGCACAGGGGCGUACCCUCGGCAAGCUAUGCUCCACUGGCAUUGGGCAAUCUUUAAAUAAGUGUGUUAUACAUAUAUCAUAUUUUAGAAUGGUAUUAAAAGUAUUUUCGUGAAACUGUGUGAUGGACGAUACCGUGAUAUUACUCUAUCGUAUGACCAGUGUCUAGUCACCAGCUAGCGGCAAGAGCAGAUGCGGAUCAUACGUCGGCAUGCUUUUUGAGAGAAGCCUAAGAGUUUUAAGAAAUUAACAGGAAGUGUAACUGGAGGUGAUAAAUCUAAGAAGAAGAAGAAAUUUGAGGUUUAAUCUAACAGUUGGUUAGGCGUAGGAACAAGCGAAAGACUUGUCCGUCUUGUUGAGCCAGGAUGGACACCAGCAUUGCCAACACGUUGGUAUGUCACACUUUAGGCUAGACUCAUUAUAUUUAUACAAAUGAGUAAAACAUUAUUUUUUUUACAGAAUUAUUGAAAAUAAAUUAAUUUUCAUCUGUGUUUACAGUUGCAAGAACUACAUACGUAGAUUGCAAGAAGAUAAAUUGUUGGUUUAAGUAUCGUUAUAGUAUAAAUGGUUAGGGGUUGUAUUUUGUUAAAAUAACUGGGUUGCACAAUUAAGGGGCAGCUACUGGUGCACUUGGACUCUCAGGAACUACUGAUUUAUUAUUCUUAUACACGGGUCACAAAACAAUUGCUACCCGUCUCAGUAAACCAACUAGGCUAUGUUCACAGUCGCAUCUCGUUCUUGUUAACACUGAGUAAAAAACUGCCUGUUUGUGAAAAAUGAUGUUGCAGGACUCUUGUUUUACUGACCAGUUUAUUAGAAGGCUUUCACAGUUCAGUCUUGUGUUGAGUGUUAGCUUCACUCCUCGUUAUUGCUGCUUGCAGUGCAUGUGUCGAGAUAGCGACGGUCUCGCGUAGUUUCAAGCAGUCACAGCAGGCAGGGCAGCGCCGUGCUCAGGCGAAUGUUGCUUGUGCGUCGCACGGCAGCGGCCCGCUAUACAGUAUUAUACACACGCUCUUAGUGGCUUCAGGCAAGAUGCGUGCACGUAACCUACACUACCGAUGUUCAAGUAUGUUGGCAAGUGUCAACUUGUUUUGGAAACAAUUGUACAUUGUAUAGCUUAGUAUUUUGUAUAUUUAUGACUUAGUGUAAGUGUUUAAGUGUAUUUGCAAGACAUUUUUAGUGUUUCCAGAUGCUCACGUGAUGUGUGACAAUGGAUAAUUGGAAUUUUUACUGUGUAGCAAGACUUGUAAGUAGGGAUGUCGCAGUAUUUAGAUUCCUGAUUGAUGCCAGUGACAAUACCAUUCAUGUUUUCAAUUCCAGAAAUCAUUUCAUUAAUAUUUAAUAGGUAACUAUGUGUAAAAUAAAAUAUUAAAGGCAAUAAUCAAAAAAGUACAAGUGCUGUAGAAUGACAGUGCAUUGUAGCAAAUCAUACAGUUCCUUGAGAAUCGAGGAUAUCACUUAGACAUCACUGCUUGCAAGUACAGUUAAAUAUUUGUUAAAUCAAAACAGGUUUGAAAGAACUGGAUGAAUGUUGUUAAUCUGUAAUAUUCUGUGUAUAAUUGCAUUCCUUGAAAUAAAUUAAUUCAUGUUGA